AUGAUAUGUGAUGUUCCUGAGCUCCGAGGAGACAAUUAUAAAAUUUGGAAGGAGAGAACUCUCCUUCAUUUAGGGUGCAAGGACGUUGAUUACGCCAUAAGGAAGGAUGAACCACCUCCUGAAAAUAUUGCUCUUUAUGAAAAAUGGGAGCGAUCUAAUCACCUUUCAAUAAUGUUCAUAAAGACCAAGAUCUCAGAUGGCAUUAGGGGUUCCCUUGAGCAUUAUGACAAUGUCCGUGACUUACUGAAGGCAAUCGAUGAUCAAUUUGUGUCUUCAGACAAGGCUUUAGCUAGCACCCUAAUUCACCAAUUCUCAUCCAUGAAGCUAAGUGGGAUACACGGUGUACGUGACCACAUUAUGAGGAUGAGGGACAUUGCGGCUCAAUCGAAGAGACUUGAGGUUGAGAUGUCUGACUCUUUCCUAGUGCAUUACAUUCUCAACACUUUACCAUCGCAAUAUACCCCAUUUAAAAUCUCUUAUAAUACACAUAAAGAGAAAUGGUCAAUUAAUGAACUUAUUGUUGGGGGAUCGGUGGCCGGCUAG